AUGGUCCUGUCGGAUGCCUCAAAGGCUGAUCAGGCUGCGACCGCAGGCAAGAGCCAACUCAUCGUCCGCUUCUACGACCCCGAUGUACGCGCCAAGGACGCCCUCAGUCGGCAACUCGAUGAGAUACUGGCAUGGCCAGACAGCAGGCUGGAAGCGUCCCAUAACUAUGUUCAGAUGCUCUUUCCGCUUCCAGAGGGUUCUCCAUACAACAGUGAAGCCCCAGUCGUCAACCUCGAAGUAAUGCAAGCCUUCCGUUCACGGAGUGAGCUACGGCAGAACCUACGACGAAGCUUCGAGCGCAUGCUCAGCUUCUACGGCUUCAUGAUAUCCAACAAGUCAGAAGCGGAGGCCAAGCAAAGCGAAUCGUCUGAAACAGCCUCUUUCCCACCAGGUGCCCACACAAACAUCUCCGCAUCCAAACCCCUUCCAUACCACAUCGUCCGCGCGCCAGAUUAUCGCAAGAAGUUCGCCAACUGGGCCAUUAGGUUCGACCAUAACCAUCUUCGCAUCACGCGCAUCCUCCGGUGCCUUCGCGUUCUGGGCCUACAGACUGAGUGCAUGGCCUUCUUUGAUGCGCUCGAACGCACAUUCGAAGACCCACAGAUCAGCAUUAGUGAUAGGAGUAUGGGUUAUUGGCGGCUGGCUGUUACGCGUCCUUUGUAUUUGGCUCCUGAUGACUCCAAGUGCAAAUGGUUGGUGGGUUGGGAGAAGGAACAGGAGAAUCUCACCCAGGUCGACGAGGAGAAAUCGAAGAAUGAGCAGGAUGGGGUGCAGAAGCAGAAGUCGGUCACGUCUGGCGAUGGCGUGGAGGGUUGA